CGACUCGCCGUUGAGAAAUACAUUAUAGUCCCGAACGGAAGCUUCUGUCAGGGAGCAUACUAUGUGGUGAUUGUGCAUGUUCCCAUAACUGAUCUUGAGACACGACAAGGAUGGCGUAACACUUACGGCCGACUCCAAGCGAAGUUCGGCUUCUCUUUGAUAUUUGUCACUGGAACAGCAAUGACCCAAUCGGGCAAUGACGUCUUGAAAUACGAAGCGUCGAUAUACAGAGAUAUUUUGCAAGUCAACAUCAUCGACACGUACCGUAAUCUUGUUCUAAAG